AUCUUUCGUUUUAAUGUAGGUUAUGAUAGGUGCCGGAGGUUUUUCGACACAUGAUCAUCUGACACUUUCUUCAGUUCGGCCCACUUUCUCGAGGAAAGAUGGUUGCCCCUGUCGUUCGGCGAUUUCGACCGGUGGAAGUGAUUUCAUGUGUUGCCAUUCUUUCUAUCCUCGUGGAUGGAGCUGUGGAUGUGACAGGAUGCCCAACGGAGUUUUUGGGGCGUUGUACCUGCAGGAGAGACAAAUACGAAGAUCGAAUUCAGUUCAUCACAAAUUGUACGAAUACUAGGUUCACUGAUGUUUCAUUGUUGGAGCAAAUUCCGCCGGAGACCGAAGUCCUCAUUUUCACCGGUAAUACUCUUCAUGAUCUGCCCGCAAAUGUAUUCGGCCUCGAAGAAAACAACCUCACCGUAGUUGAUCUUUCGGACAAUCGGAUACGUACCAUCAAAGGACAAACCUUUCAUCACGUUUCGGACGUUUAUCGGCUGAUCCUGAACAGCAACGACAUCGAAAUCACAAACGGGAAUGAGCACAAACGUUUAUUCAGCAAUUUUGAAGUAUUGCGAGAGCUUCAUUUGACGAAUGCCUUCAACGAUCGGGUGAAUUCUACCGUGGCACUGAUGAGCUUGGAGAGGAUCUUCCGGGGCAGUGAGCUCACACAUCUUCGGCGCUUGCAUCUCGAGGACAACGAAAUCGAUUCAGUCGGGAAUCCGAACAUUUUUUGUGAGCUUCCAAACGUGGAGCAGAUUUUGCUCUCUUAUAAUCGUAUAUUUUCGUUUCCUUUCAACAUAUCAUGCCUUAAGAAAUUGCGCUUUCUCGAUUUGGAGUUUAACAAUAUCCAGACUCUGGAUCAGACUACCCUGAUACUUUUCGAUCAAAUUCCCGAAUUGACCGUGGAUUUGAAAGGUAAUCCAUUUGUGUGUGACUCUUACCUCUCGGAUAUGCUUACAUGGAUGAAGAAAACUCCGGUAUAUCUGCGACAGCGGACAGACUACGUUUGUAAGGAAGGUAGACCUUCGUCGAACAUCGGUUUAGCGCUGGAUGAUGUGAAGGAAACAGAAGCUACGAGCUACAUGGUGAUAAAAACUACGUCGGGAUCUGAUACUUUCUGGACGGUGUUUUUAACGCUUUUUGUAGUGAGUAUUUUGUUAGGAUCAGCAUAUGCUUACCGUCGAAGGAAAGCAAUACUGAACAAAUUGGCUCCCGAGUGGCGAAAUUUAGUGUCAAAGCUGUAUUAUACUUCGCUGGUUGAACCUGAACCUACUCCAGAAGCUUUGUAG